AUUUAGUCUUUUAUGGACUUCUGAGAGAGCCAGAUGGUCUAGAGCUUUUAUUAAGACUAGCCGAUAAAGUGACCGCAUGCAUCAUACACUUUAUUAAACGAUUAAAUGUAAUCAAGAAUCGAUGUUUUUGAGUUUAAAUUUAACUGAAUGUUUAGUGUGUAAAUACUUAAAUUACAAUGAUGGCAAUUAGUUUCAGCAGAUGGAUUUGUUACAUCUGCAUUAUUUUAAAUGUAGAAUUAUUUAGGAAUAUUAAAGCACAAUUAAGCAUUAUAGAAGAACCAAGUGGGCCUUGCUCGAAUUACAGAAUAGGCGACGAUGAUUUAGAAGCCUACGACUUCAUAAGAAAAUUUAGACUGGACUUGCUGGAAACGCAAUACCCUGGCGUCUCCAGAGUUAGAGGCUCAAACAGAAUGCAAACGGCCUACAGGCUCGAUAAUGAAGCUGACUUAACUCUCCCAACGAGAGAUAUUUUCCCGCUUGGUUUGCCGCAACAAUUUUCGUUCAUCUGCACAUUCCGCACUAGAAGAAUACCGAAAAAUACAUGGCAUAUUAUAAGAGUUACUGAUUCGGAAGCCAAGCCGCAAUUUUUGAUUUCACUUAACCCUGUUAAUCAAACCAUCGAAUUUGCUCUUUCGAAUUAUGAAGGGAGAAUGCAGACACUUGAAUUUUAUAAUACUAAAGUUUUUGAUAAAAAUUGGCACAAAAUUCAUUUUGGUGUGUUCAGGGAUAGGGUUAUCUUAUACGUUGAUUGCGAAGAACGCGUAGAAAGGGCCUUAGAUCCCAGAGGAUCACUUGAUAUUAAUGGACAAAUUUCAGUUUCCAAACUGGCUAAUUCCAGAGAAACUGUUCCUAUUGAUAUUCAAUGGAUGGUGAUGAGUUGUGACCCCACAAGACCAGAAAGAGAAACAUGCUUGGAAAUACCGAAAAUUGCGCCAGUGUCCCCACAACCACGACCAAUUAUUCGACCAUCUACACAAAGACCGAGACCCCAAACAUGUGACGUUGUUUGCCCGCAGGGUCCACCCGGAUUUAACGGCACCGAUGGAUUACCCGGACUACAAGGGGAAACAGGCCUGCAAGGACCAAUGGGAUUCCCCGGACCAAGAGGAGAUAUGGGACCAAUUGGUGUUCCUGGAGUUCCAGGACUUUCUGGACUAAAAGGCGACCAAGGAGAACCAGGUUUUCCAGGUAUUCCUGGACGAGAUGGAGAUACAGGAUUAAGAGGAGAUAAGGGCGAUGCUGGUUUAUCUGGACAAAAAGGUGAAAGUGGUUUAGACGGAAUACCAGGUAUUCCAGGCAGAGAAGGACCACCAGGACCUAGGGGACCUCCUGGUGAAGUAGUUUCUCACACUGGAACUACCAUUAGCGGACCUCCAGGACCUCAAGGUUCACAGGGUCCACCAGGUUUAGAUGGCCCAAUGGGACCUAGAGGUUUCCCUGGUGAACCAGGUUUGCCAGGUCGUAACGGUGUUGAUGGCCUGCCAGGACAAAGAGGGCUUAAAGGUGAUAGAGGUGAACUAGGUCUAAGGGGAGAAAGAGGAUAUCCUGGUGAAACUGGUCCACCAGGUCCUCCAGGUAUAGUAAACGGAGCCGCCUCCAGUCCAGGCUUUCCAGGUUUGCCAGGAUCAAAGGGAGAGCCAGGGGAACCAGGAAGAGCUGGACCUCCAGGACCUCCUGGUGACUCUGGGGCUAAUUUGCAAGUAUAUGAUAGUGGGUAUUCUGCUGGAAUACAUGGACCAAGAGGAUUUCCAGGAAGUCCAGGAAUUCCUGGAGAAAGAGGAGCUUUUGGCGAUAGGGGUCCAGAAGGACAACCGGGAUCACCUGGAAUGCCUGGAAAGGAAGGACCUCAAGGAUUACCUGGACCACCUGGUUCGAGGGGACAACCUGGAUUCCCGGGAACGCAAGGGGCUCCUGGAAGAUCCUAUACCGAUUCCGAAAUUCGCGAUAUUUGUGCUAAUGUUUUAAGAGAUCAACUAUCAGAGUUGACAGCAAAUUUGAUAGGACCACCUGGACCUCCAGGUCGGUCAAAACCUGGAAGACCAGGUCCUCCAGGUGUCCAGGGACCACCAGGUGAUCCAGGAUUCUCAGGCUUACCAGGCGAAAGAGGAUUUAUGGGACUCCCAGGACCUCAAGGAGCCCCAGGGUCUGUUGGACUUCCUGGCGAAAGAGGCGAAAAAGGUGAUAGGGGGCCAGAAGGAAUGGGAAUUGAGGGUCAGCCAGGUCCCAGAGGAUCACCAGGAUCACCAGGUCCCCCAGGUGAAGGAAUUCCUGGAAGCGCAGGAGAAAGGGGAGAGCCAGGUCGUCCAGGAUCUUCAGGUCUAAGAGGAUCACCUGGACCCCAGGGUCCCCCAGGCUAUUGCGAAUUUUGUAAUUAUGCUGCAGCCGCUCAAAAUUAUCAAGCAUACGCGCAAGCUCAAGGAAACAAUAAAGGAUAAAGAAAAUACAAAUAUUUGUACUUAAAUUAAAACUUUUUAUUUAUAUAAAAUGUUGAUUUUGUAAGAUAACAGUUCCUAAUAAUAUUUUAAAAUUAGUAAAUGUCUUUGUAUGCAUCACUAAUUAUAAGAAAAUACCUAAUAAAGAAUUGAACCUGAAAAUAAAAAUGUUAGUACUUAAAUUAAACCUUUUUAUUUAUACCUAUUCAAUGUUGCUUUUGUUACAUAUAUGUACCUACCUAUAAGUAGGUAAUAGUUAUUUUUUUUAAAUGAGUAAAAGAGAACUUAAAUUAAAC